AUGGCGAGAAGCCUGCGGCGGGUGCCCGUGCAGAUGGAUCCCUCCUUCGCGGAGCGUGCCGUCCUCACCAGCUACUCCAAGACCAACGUGGAGGCGAGCAAGGAGGUAUCGCCGCUCCUGUUGCUGCACGGCUUCGACUCCUCCUGCCUCGAGUGGCGGCGGCUGCAGCCGAGGCUAGAGGAGAAGGGCGUCGAGUCGUGGGCGGUGGAUGUGCUGGGCUGGGGCUUCACUGAGAGAGAGGCGGUGUCCUCCUUCUCCCCGGCAGCCAAACUGAGUCACCUGGUGGGCUUCAUCGAGCAGCACGUCGCUCGUCCUGUCACCCUCGUCGGCGCGUCUCUCGGGGGCUCCAUCGCCAUCGACGUCGCCCUGCAGCGACCAGACCUGGUGGACAAGCUCGUCCUGGUCGAUGCUCAGGGCUACAUCGACGGGGCCGCCAUGACCGGGCAGCCGCGCAUGCUGCAGCAGCUGGGAGUGCAAGUGCUCAAGAGCAAACCUCUCCGCAUGUUCGCCAACAAGAUCGCCUACAGCGACCCCGACAGAUGGGGCACAGAGGAUGCGAUGAGGAUCGGACGCCUGCACUGCCUGACCGGAGGGUGGGAGGAGGCGAUGAUCGGCUUCAUGAACUCGGGGGGUUAUCACCUCUCCGACAAGGUCUCGCAGGUGACCAAGGAGACGCUCGUGCUGUGGGGAAGGGACGACAAGAUCCUCGAGCCUAGCAAGUACGCCGAGAGGUUCAUCGCCGACAUCCCUUCCUCCAGCCUGCAGUGGGUCGACAAGUGCGGCCAUGUCCCUCACCUCGAGCAGCCGAGCAUCACUGCUCAAGCUCUUGCCGAGUUUGUAAGCAACGUGCGAACCCGGGAGAUCGCGAGCUAG